UGUUCCUUAAGUAGUUCGCACCAAGCAAAAGGGUCACUGAAUCCUCCAGGGCUACGCCGGCGAUGAUGGGUUGCCUCUACCGCGUCCUCCACGGCGUGCUGGCCCUCUCGUCGCUGCUUGUUCUCGCCUCCGGCGAGGUCUUCUUCGAGGAGCGAUUCGAAGAUGGGUGGGGGAGCCGGUGGGUGAAAUCCGACUGGAAAAAGAGCGAAGGGAAAGCCGGGGCAUUCAGGCACACGGCGGGGAGCUUUUCUGGGGAUCCUGACGAUAAAGGGAUACAGACAACCUUGGAUGCUAGGCAUUUCGCCAUAUCGGCAAAGUACCCGGAGUUCAGUAACAAGAAUCGGACGUUGGUUGUUCAGUAUUCGAUAAAGAUCGAGCAGGAUAUUGAAUGUGGCGGUGCUUACAUCAAGCUUAUGUCCGGUUAUGUCAACCAGAAGAAAUUUGGUGGUGACACGCCUUACAGUUUUAUGUUUGGUCCUGAUAUAUGUGGCGAUCAGACAAAGAAGCUCCAUCUCAUACUUUCGUACCAAGGGCAAAACUACCCUAUCAAGAAAGAUCUAAAAUGUGAAACAGAUAAGUUGACACAUUUCUACACAUUCAUUCUUAGACCUGAUGCUUCUUACAGCCUACUUAUUGAUAACCGGGAGAGAGAAUUUGGGAGUAUGUACACUGACUGGGACAUCCUUCCUCCUCGUAAGAUCAAACAAGUCAAUGCUAAAAAGCCAAAAGAUUGGGAUGACAGGGAGUAUAUUGAAGAUCCUGAUGAAGUUAAGCCAGAGGGAUAUGAUUCUAUUCCUAAAGAGAUUCCUGAUCCAAACGACAAAAAGCCUGAGUCAUGGGAUGAUGAUGAGGACGGUAUAUGGAAGCCCAGAAUGAUACCAAAUCCGGAAUAUAAGGGACCAUGGAAGCACAAGAAAAUCAAGAACCCAAACUACAAGGGAAAAUGGAAGGCCCCAUGGAUUGAUAAUCCAGAAUUCGAAGACGACCCAGACCUAUACGUGCUGAAACCUUUGCAGUACGUGGGAAUUGAAGUUUGGCAGGUGAAAGCUGGUUCAGUUUUCGACAACAUUUUAAUUUGUGAUGACCCUGAAUAUGCGAGAAAGGUCGUAGACGAAAUUUGGGCUGCGAAUAAAGAGGUUGAAAAGGAGGCCUUUGAAGGAGCUGAAAAGAAGAGGAAAGCUAGAGAAGAUGAGGAAGCUCGACGGGCACGGGAGGAAGGAGAGAAGCGGAGGAGAGAGAGGGAUCGGCACCGUGGCAGGGACCAUUACAGGGAGAAACAUAAAAGGCGUUACCGCAGGGAUUAUAUGGAUGACUACCAUGACGAGCUAUGAGGUCUUCAAAAUCUUUCAAGGAAUAGCCCAAGUUACUGGCUGCACUGUUUCUCAUCUAUAAAAGCGAUUAUUGUAUUGGCAAAAUGAAUAAUUUGGAGACCAGGAAAAGCUGGUUAGCUUAACUCCUUUUGUUGACUCAGAAGUUCAGAACAAACUGAACAUGGGUCGCUGGUCUCCUGUUCCACGGUAUCCACAUUCUCCUAGUGCAAGUGCAAUAUACAAAAUAGAACAAUUGUAAACCAUUGGGGCAGGUAACAUAUCAAACUUUAGAACCA